CGGCGCGUCCCCUGUUGCCAGGGAGACGAAGGCCCGGCCCGCAGCGAAGAAGCCCGCUCCACCACCACCACCGUCAUCGCUGUUGUCGGAAUGUUUUAUUUAUAUUAAGAGUUUAUCUGUGAAGUCAUUGCCAUUCUCCCGGGGAAUUCGCGCGACUUUCUCUUCGGGGAAGGAGGAGGGAGGAGGAGGGAGGAGACCUCGGGCCAGAGCCGCGUCGCCGCCGCCACGGAGGAGGCUUCGCGUCCUCGGGCAGAGCCAUGAGCCGACAAGCGCAGGGAGUGCAAGAAACUGCCUUCUGGAGCAACAACGGUGCGUUUGAGGCCGACCCGCGGGAACCGCACGGCUCCGAGGCAGCUGGCGGGGGGCUCAGCCAGCCUGGCUCCGGCAGCUCGAGUUACGGGAGCGCGGAGAGCGACAGCACGAGCCAGAGUGAUGGGAGCAGUGAGACGGUGGGCCUCUGGAGGGGGAAGGUCUGCUGGGGCAAGGUCGUGGGGCUCGUCCGACGCCUGUGGGCGACACGCUGGACAGAGAGCCCCGUGCUGAACCGCGAGCGCUACGUGAAGCUGGCGAUUCGCGAGGCUGUCACCUUCUCCGUGUUUCUUGCACUGCUCUGUGUGGUGGCCUAUAGUAGUCGCAUUCCAUUGGCUUACGAAUACACGCAUGCUGUGUCGGAGAUGUUCACGUCAUCGCCGCUCUCCAACGCUGACCCAACAACGUUCCACAACCUUGCGACAAUAGAACAAGUCUGGCAGUACCUUACCGGCCCAUUGCUAUGGGCUUUGCAUAACUCCGGCUCCAGAAACCUAACCAAUUCAAUGGUUAGUGGGGAAAAUCUGGUUGUGGAGCCUGUGAUCAUCUGGCAAGCACGUGUUCACAACAACUCCUGUUGGUCAUUGUCCACCAAUUUGGGGACUGGAACGACAGAGUGUUAUGGGCCGUACUCAUCGGCAAACGAAAACAAGGAUCCGUUUGGGCCUGCAAACAGCACUGUAUGGCGGUUUGAUUCGGAGGCGGGCGUUCCGUGGCAAGGAGCGCUGGGCUGGUACGGCCCAGGCGGGUACGCCGUGAGGCUGCCAGCCGACUCGAGGACCGCUGCGUGGCAGGAGCUGGCCGCGUUGCGCGACGCGAGCUGGUUGGACAGGGCCACCCGCCUCCUCUCGGUCGACGCCGCGCUCCUCAACCCAAACCUUCGCCUCUACAUGGUCGUACGGCUGUCCAUGGAGUUUCCCCCGACUGGAGGAAUCCUCACGGCCUUGUCCUUGACUCCCGGCCGCCCGCUUGGCACCCCCCUGUGGGAUGCACGCGCCGUGUGUGGCCUCCUGGCUGCGUUGCUCACCAUCUACUAUCUGGUGGAGGAGGUGCUGGAGCUCAGAAACCUGGGUCCUGCUGGCUUUCUCUCCUCUCCGUGGACCUUCCUCGACAUUUCCAUCAUUGCCCUGUGCGUGGUGGGCACGGCUUUUGGUGUCCACCACGGAAUCCUCUCAAGCUCAUUACUCGGAGAAGCAUCUUCCAGUCGAGCCAUGAGCUUCUCCACCGUGAGCACCGUUGCCGAGUGGGAGCAGAAUUUUAUCAUCGUCACAGGAAUCAUCGUGUUUGUGGCCUGGAUCAAGGUGGUGCGGUUUGGAUCCAUGUGCCGCACACUGACGAUGUGCGGGUGUGCCCUCACCCGCUGUGCCUGGGACUUACUCGGCUACACGUUGGUGUUCGCCACGGUGUUCCUGGCGUUCGCACAGCUGGCGUUUCUCAUCUUUGGCGGCGCGCUUCCCGACUUCAGCUCGUUCAGCUCCUGCAUCCUGACACAGGUGCGUAUUUUGCUGGGAGAUUUUGACUUCUCAUCUCUGGAGGCUGCAAGUCGGAUCAUGGGGCCAAUCUACUUUGUUUCAUAUGUGUUUUGCGUGGGGCUCAUCAUGAUGGUGAUGUUCCUGGCUAUAGUGAGCGAAGCGUACUCUGAAGAAAAGAGCGAACAAGCCCACAGCCAGCCUCAGUUUCAGCUCUCCAGUGUGAUCAAGCAGGGCUGGAUGAAGGUGGUGGACAGACUGAGCUGUAAGAAGCCACGUGUUGCAGGAAUACAGAAGACUCUGCCCCCCUCUGGUCAAAUUAACUUUGCCACAUGGAGACAGAAUCUGAAAGGACAGGGGUUUGCCGAUGCUGAGAUCGAGGCAGUGUUUGCGCGGUAUGAUGGCGAUGGAGCCCUCACUCGUGCUGAGCAGCUCCAGAUGAGGCGGGACCUCCGUCUGGAGAAGGAGGCUCUGGGAGGCUCCGCGGAUGAAGUGGGGGACGACGUGGACACCUCCACCUCGCGGUCCCGUCACUCGCUGCCCAGCCAAGUGACGAGCCGCGACGAUGAUGACGACGAUGACGACGGAGACUCGGAUGAGGACGAUGACAUAACCGUCGUCCGUCGUGGAAAUCACCAUCAAGGCGGUGGCGGUGGCGUCUCGCGGGAGGAGUUCCGAGUGUUGGUGCGUCGUGUCAACCAGAUGGAGCACUCCAUCGGAAGCGUGGUCUCCAAAAUGGACGCGGUGAUGGUGAAGCUGGAGGCGAUGGAGCGGCAGAGGCUGCGGCGGAGGGAUGUGCUCUCCCGGCUAAUCAGUGGGAUGGGCGAGGAGGAGAGAGGCUCCUGGCCCGGACAGGAAGUGAGGCGCGACCACAUGGAGCGGCUGGUCCGCGACGAGCUCAAGCGAUGGGACUCGGACUGCUCCAUCCGUCCGCCCGGGGUGGGGGUGGUGGGAGGCUCGAUCCCUUCCUCACAGGUCGUGUCCACCGGUGGGGCGCUCCGCCCGUCCUCUGGGGGAUCGGCAGUUGAGGGCUGAGUGCACGCACACCGAGGAUGCUACACCCUACUGCACGCACUACCACAGCACCACAUUGUGCCCGCACACCCUGGUGUGAGACGGAGCCGUAAACAACCCUGUGCCCUCGUUACAUCCGAGGACCAUAUUCUUAGUCUUGGCUCGCCCCUGGCUCGGCUCAGGCUUGAGCCGCUCGGUCGCAUUUAGAGAGGCAUGAGUGAGCGGCCGCUCAGCCACGGUUCGGAUCAGGCUCGGCUCCCGGGAAAUCCUGAGCAUGGCUUAGGGCCUUUCAUCAGAGCUGGCCCAAGUUAAGCACGUGGUUCACGGCUGGCUCUUUUGGGCCAAGCCUGAGCUGAGCCGUGCCUAAGAAUCCGGGCCUUGGUUAUGUUGCGCAGUCGGCAUCUGGAGUUGGGGCCAACGUGUGAAUGAUCCCACCUCGAGCCACCCAACUUCGUGUUGCUUUUGCAGGACCGCUGCAGUAAGUUUUUGUAUCAAAUUUUUGUUACAUUUACGUUUCACACGCGAAUAGGGACCACAGUACUGCAAUGGCACGUAUUAUCACGUGUGCUGUUUACACAAAUGAUGACCAUGUGCCAACUGACCCUGUGUAACGUUAACACAAAAUAAUCAUGAGCGUCGCUGUGGAGAAUACUCGUAGCAGACACUACACCUCUAUAUAUAUCUGUCCACAAGCGCUUCUGGGAGUGUAUAGUUUCAGCAGCAUUGGUUAAAUCCAAGCAACACUGCUACUUGUGGAGGGACGGCUAUAUACGGAGGAGAUUUAUUGUCUGCUUAUUUAUUUAGUUUUAUAAUUGCAUAAGGAUUCUCGAGUAAAACCACGCGCAUAUCUGCCUCGUAUGGUUGUUUAGUGGAAUUUGCCCCUGUGGAAUAGAACCAUUCUGUUGAUUGUGGUGGUGGGGUGGCUUUGAGCGAACCGGGGGUGGGGGAGCGGUGGUGCAGCGUUUAGUGCUCCACGUUUCGAACCCGGCGACCCGAGUUC